CAUCUCUGCAGUCACUGUGUUUGAGUGGAGGGGGAAAGCAGAGUGUGAGCUGGUGUCCCUUUGCAUGCAUUUACAUCAGCAUCGUUCCAGAGAAGCCUCUGCUGCCACAGCUCAAGUCAUCCAGGGAAGAGGAUGCACGCGGCAGAUCAAGGAAUGGGAAGACAAACAGGCUUCUUUAGUGGGAAGUUCCUCAACAGCAUCCACACUGUGCAAUGAUUGAUGUCCACUGGGUCCCUCAGCACUGGGAGCUACAUCAGGUUUCCAUCCUCAGACACCAAAAGCAGCAGACAGCUUUCAUCGGGAAAUGCUCUGAUUCAGGGUGGGUUGUGACUGGCGGCAGACAAGAAGACAUUCUAAACGGACAGGGAUCGUAAAAUCUGACCCUGCAGUAUCAAGCCAGCUUUUGACCCCGUUUUCCAGCCGCUGUUUUCUGGCCUGUACUUCCUGGCUUUGAAGGAUGGGUGAUGGGCCUGUGACUGCUCCUGCCUGCCUGCUUCAUCCCACCCUUCAAUGGAGCCGACGUGGAACUCCUCCCACCCACCUCCACAGCUCAUCACCAACAUGUCUGCCUCCUUUCUGUCUGAGGGCUGGGCCUUGCCCCAGUCCCUAGCCCUGCUGGCCAUGCUGCUCAUGGAUCUGCUGGCUGUGGUGGGCAAUGCGGCUGUCAUGGCGGUCAUCGCCAAGGCCCCACAGCUUCACAAGUUUGCCUUUGUGUUCCACCUGUGCGUGGUGGACCUGCUGGCGGCCCUGGUGCUGAUGCCCCUCGGCAUGCUCUCAAGCCGAGCCUUCUUUGGGGAGGCCCUGUGCCAGAGCUACCUCUUUCUCAGCGUGUGCCUGGUUAGCGCCGCCAUCCUCUCUAUCUCCGUCAUCAACGUGGAGCGUUACUACUACAUCAUACACCCGAUGCGCUAUGAAGUGAAAAUGACCGUUGGCCUGGUGGCGUCAGUGCUGGUGGGGAUAUGGGUCAACGCCCUGGCCAUGUCGGCUCUGCCGCUGCUCGCUUGGUUUUUUCAAGGUGGAAGAAGUCCACUUCUGGAGGGCGGCGGGGUCACGGGAGGAGCAGGCGGUGCUGUCUCCUCUCCACCUCCUCACGGUCACAGGCGCUGCUCACUGCAUUGGACAGGGGGAGGCUCCAACCGCUUGGCCUUCAUGGCGCUGUUUACUUUAGUGUAUUUCCUGUGUCCACUGCUUGUCAUCCUGGUUGUGUACUGCAAUAUGUUCAAAGUUGCUCGGGUAGCGGCCAUGCACCACGGGCCUCUGCCUACCUGGAUGGACACGCCUCGACGCCAGCGGUCAGAAUCCCUCAGCAGCCGUUCCACCAUGGUGACCAGCUCUGGGACAGGGACCGGGACAGGCGGAGCCACGCCGCAGCGUCCCUUUGGGGGAGGCAAGGCAGCAGCAGUGUUGGCGGCAGUAGGUGGGCAGUUCCUGUGUUGCUGGCUGCCCUACUUUACUUUCCACCUGUAUUCCGCACUGUCUGCCAGCCCUCCAGCCACACUGGCCUCUCUGGAGGAGGCGGUCACCUGGAUUGGUUACUUCUGCUUCACCUCCAAUCCCUUCUUCUACGGCUGUCUCAACAGACAGAUCCGGGACGAGCUGGGCAAGCAUCUGCCUUUUCUGUUUCGUCGAACAGGAGUUGAGAUGGAGGAAAGACUGCCGAGCCGUGAAGGAUCCAUAGAGGAGAAUUUCCUCCAGUUUCUUCAGGGCACCGGCUGCAACACUGAUCCUCAAAACUCUCACAGCACGUCCAGCCCUAAAGGGGAGGCCUGCUGCCCCGCGGCUCAGUCCCAACCACCGGAGCCGGCACAGUCCAUACCGAUAGAUUUCCGUAUCCCCGGACAGAUCGCAGAGGAGACGUCAGAGUUUAUUGAGUCUGUGCAGGGAAAAAACAACCACAUUUGUACAGACAAUUAAGUCAUUAAUGUUGGAAAAUAUGAUUGAUUUUGAUCAUUCGGAUAUAAAAAAAAAGAUCAGGAGUUAUUUCUGUGAAAACAUGUCAUAUUUCUAUACUGAAAGCUGUGCAACGAGCAGCUCAGUUAAUUGAAACAACUUUAAAUUGUAUUUUGAAUCAUUGCACUUUGCCUCAUUCUCAUUCAUUUGUUCAGUCACAAGUAUACAAUUAUAUGCCGUUGUUUAAAAUGUAUCUAACACUGUUGUUUGUGAACAGGGAAAUUACUGCUAGAUUUUGAAAAUGGCAAAAAUGGCCUUUUACACAACCACUCAGCUCUGUACAGCAAACAACCUCUAUGAUUAUGAUCGGUGUAACUAGUUAAAGCCUUUUUUAAAGAUAAAAAUAACAUUAAUUAUAUAUGUUAUUUAUUAUUGUAUGUUUCAUUCUAUGAAGGUAACUGACUUAAUAGUGUUAGAAAAUGACUUUUAUCAGAAAAUUAGGGAACUGAAACAAAUCACAUUAUUGUGCAGGGAAACCUUUGGUAUUAAGAAAUGAAGAUGAAGCAGUUCCACUAAACCAACUGGUACUGUAUAUGUGACUGCCUAAUCAAUCAUUUUUGAGACUUCGUUUAGUUACUUUUUCAUAAGUAAUAGCCGAGAAAGCAGCAAUAAAAGCCACAGAAGGUAGGGAAUUUAUUGAGGGAAAAGCACUUGUCACUUUUGAUCGGUAGCUGUGGUUUCAUCAGUGAAAAUGCCACUCUUAAACCCAAUGCCAAUCUGAUUAUAAUCGACUAGCAGAUGUAACUUACUGUGGCCUAACGCUUAUGGAAUUGCAACCCCGUUGUUUACAGAUUACCAUUUUUUUUGUUCUCCUUUCUUUGGUGCUUGUCCAAACACAUUUACUUCUUUGAUUUUCUAUAAAGUAGAUCUCGACUCAGUUUAGGAUGCAGUUUGAUUUGACUUAUCUUAAAGGUCACCCAGCUUUCUGCCAUGUGAUGUAUUUACCAGCGUGUUUAGAUACAGAUCUUUAAAACCUGCAUUCUCUUGAUCCACUAAAUUAUUUUCAAAUAUUAUUAUAUUCCUUACAUUUGUUAAAUGUAUGUAAUUGUAUGUUACGUUUAGUAAAACUGUAUAAGUUUGAGUUGUGUGUACCACUCAGCAUGCACAAUUUUAUUUUGAUUAGUGAGUGUAGACAUUUAUUUUGAACUUCCGUGCAAUGAGGCUGAUGUAUUUUGAUAAGUAUGCUCCUCCUUUUUUUUGUUUCUUAGUUUUGGAGAUUUUCUAUUCUGGGAGAAUACGUUUUGAUUUAGUUUGACUAUCCUGCUCAUCAGGGUUUUUACAGUACCUCACAUGCAGGACAAAUCAAGGUUGUCACAGUCCCGCACAGAUAAACACGAUAAUCUAUAUGUGGAAAUGUUUAUUAUGUAAUGUAGAUACAGGGUUUUUAAGAUAUUUUUUGAGUGACAAUGCCAAUCCAAAAUCAGUUUAUCGAGCUUGAUAUCCUAUUUUCAUCACGUCUAAAUAAUCCCAAACUGUGAAUGAUGUUGUAUGUUAGUGUUAGGAUUUUCACUUGUUCAGAGAUUGUUUUUUUAAUGCUGUGAUAAAAAAUAAAAGAAUGACUUCCACUGUACUGCAAUGAUAUGAAUGGGUUUUAGAAAAGUACACAGCUAAAACUUGAGUGAGGGAUACUGUUGUAAUAAAGGGUUUCUAUGUUUGUAAAACA